AGUAAAACUGCUUUUACACUUACAGGUGUUACACUGUGCAUUUGUCCGCCUACCUGUCACUAUUGCCAAACCGCAUGCAUUACGCGAGCCAUCCGCGCGCCAGUAGAUGCAGCUUCUGAAGAGUCACACUAGCACAUUGUGCCGUCGUGCUUAUCCACUGAGGAGGCCUGCUGUAUUUAGCUGUCGCCGUGACAUAAGGAGGUACUGCACUCGGCCUGAGGUGCUAAUGUCAGAAGAUGAGGCAGCCGCGAGGCACGACUCCACCGCCCUCCUCCUAGACGCCGACGACGACCACUACGACGGCAAAAUCAUCUCCUCCGCCGGCCUGCCCGCCGACCCCGCCCUCUUCGGCCGCCGCCUGGCCGCCUCGCUGGCCGCCUGGGGCACGGGCAGCACGCGGGGCGUGUGGCUGCGGCUGGACUCGGCUCAGAGCGGUCUGGUGCCGGUGGCGGUGCAGCAGGGCUUCGAAUACCACCAUGCAGAGAGGGACUACCUGAUGCUGACCCGCUGGCUGCCCACCUCCGCACCCUGCACCCUGCCC